UCUCUCCCGCUCCAAUUCCACCACACAGAGUGGAAAUGGCUGAAUUCAAGCAAGCUUAAUCAUGUGAUCGUGUGUUUCCUAUCGGUGUUUGGUGAUGGAGCGGAAUCGGCACGGGACUAGAGCAAUUCAGUCGAACUUCUGGCGUCUGGCAAUAGAGUAUUAGUUUAAAACCGAGAAUUUAGAGAAAUGGAAUUUAAGAGGAAAACGCCUCAACAGCUUCAAGCUCUUGAUACGUUCUAUUCAGAGGACAAAUAUCCUACGCAAAGUGCAUUGGAAGAAUAUUCUGCCGCUUUGGGAUUGACCUACAGGCAGGUACAAGGAUGGUUUGCGCAGAAAAGGAGGAGAGAUAGGGAGAAUGAAACUACGGUUACAUCAUCUACUGGGAGGACUCUAAGUUCGAAAUAUAAAUAUAGAACUAUGGUCGAGGGUAACAUCGUUAAGAGAAAGAAAAAGUUAGAUGCUAUCCAGGGUUUGCAUUCUCCAGAUUACAUUCUGACGAAGGUAUUGCACAAGGAUGGCCCUCCUCUUGGUGCAGAUUUUGAUUGUCUUCCUUCUGGAGCAUUUCUGCAGUGCAAAGGAACCCACCCAAAAAAUUCAUGUUUUUCCUGUCAAGAGAAUCAAAGAGAAACCAAAGUGAGAAAGGUUUCAAAGCAAGCUAGUUCCAUUCCUGCAGAUUGCUGUCGGAAGACUGCUGCUCCAGUUAAAACUCAUGGUAUUGGGAAGGGUCUGAUGACAGUUUGGCAGGCAACAAAUCCUGAUGCUGGGGAUUUUCCCACUGGAGUAAAUUUUGGUGGCCGAGAAUUUAUGGAUGCAUCUCCAGUUUCAACUUCUUCAUUUGAAGAAUCAUUGCGACAAGGAAAACGACCAGCACGUCAAGCUAAAAUGAAGGGAAGGCUGGGAUACAAAGUACAGGGAAAGCGAAAGCCUUUAACAAAAAACAAACGGGUGGAACCUUAUAGAGAAAAGAAUCAAAUGCAACUAUGCUAUGAUAAAUGUGAACUUGCUUGGGAAGGAAUGAGAUCUCAAGGAUACACAGACCAUUUUGCUUUACUGGUAGACGAUGAGGAGUUGGAGCUGAGAGAGUUGCAAGCAGGAACGCAUACUGUGGGAGCUUGUGAUCAUUUUAUGACAAAUGGUGCUAAUAGUUGCUCACUUUGCAAAGAUAUGCUGGCCAAGUUCCCUCCAAAUUCUGUGAAGAUGAAACAACCAUUUGGCAGGCAACCUUGGGAUUCUUUAGAAAUUGGCAAGAAACUAUUAAAGGUCCUCCAUUUUCUUUAUACGUAUGCCACACCAUUGGACAUUUGCCCAUUCACGCUUGAUGAGUUUGCUCAAGCACUUCAUGACAAGGAUUCAUUCUUACUUGGAAAGAUUCAUGUCACCCUUCUCAAACUACUAUUUUGUGAUAUUGAGGCAGAACUUAGAAAUGCAUAUUUACCUCAUCCGAGCAAGUCUUGCAAAUUUCUUGCUUUAGUGCAUUCGCUUGACAGUGAAGUUCCUGCUCUUGAGGUAUGGAAAAAAUCCUUGAACCCUUUAACGUGGACAGAAAUACUGCGUCAAGUGUUGGUUGCAGCUGGUUUCUGUUCUAAGCUAGGUGUAAUGCAAAAGGAAACGCUUUCUAAGGAAAUGAACCUUAUGGCUAAAUAUGGUCUGCAUCAUGGAACUUUGAAGGGUGAAUUAUUUAUAAUUUUAUCAGAGCAAGGAAACAAUGGGAUCAAGGUUACUGAUUUGGCAAGGGAGUUAAAGAUUGUUGAGCUGAAUGUGGCUGUCACUACUGAAGAACUGGAGCUUCUUAUAUGUUCCACUCUGUCUAGUGACAUAACUUUAUUUGAAAAGAUAUCGUCAUCUGCAUAUCGUCUUCGGCCUAGUCUUGCUACAAUGGAUGUUGAUGAGUUUCAGUCAGACACUGAUUUUGGAAGUGUAGAUGAUAUAGGUGCUAAUGCAUCUAUAUGCAGCGGCAGUUAUGAUUCUGAAUGUGACUCAGAAAAUUUAUUUUCCCAAAGAUUUAAGAUUCAGAAAUCCAAAAAUGAAAACCUGACUGCUUUCACAGAGAUUGAUGUAAGCCAUCCAGGAGAAGCAUGGCUGUUAGGACUGAUGGAAGAUGAAUAUUCAGAUUUAAGCAUUGAAGAGAAGUUGAAUGCAUUGGUGGCUUUAAUUGAUCUUCUUUCUGAUGGAUCCAGUAUUAGGCCAAAGGGUACGUCUACAUCUUGUGCCAUUAUUGAACAUGCUCCCGAUGUUCAACGUUAUGGUUCUGGAGCAAAAAUAAAGAAGUCAUCAAUCAGGGGACACAACCUGUCGUCAAGGACAUUCUUGACUAGUUCAGGACAGUUGCAUGGUGCAAAUGUCAGAUAUGAUUCAUUGGAACAUCAUCCUAUUGAUUCGUCAACAGCAAUCUCAAAGUUCCAUGAGAAUUCAGUAAGUCAAGGAAAGGGUGCAAACAAAAUGAAAGAUGCUAUUUACUUGCAUCCAAUGCAAUCUCUCUUUCUAGGUUCUGAUCGCAGGUACAAUAGAUAUUGGCUUUUUCUUGGUCCCUGCAAUUCAUCUGAUCCUGGUCAUAGGAGGGUUUAUUUUGAAUCUUCAGAGGAUGGUCACUGGGAAGUGAUUGAUACUGAAGAGGCUUUGUGUGCCUUGUUAUCUGUGUUAGAUGAUAGAGGUAAGCGUGAAGCUUUCCUCAUUGAAUCUCUGGAACAGCGUCUUCCAUUUCUAUGUGAAGCCAUGUCAAAUAAUAGCACUAGGAAUCUUGUGAGCAGGAACUUUACACAAUCUGAUCAAUAUGAUACGGAUAUGAUUAGAGAAAGCAGUUAUUCUCCCAUAUCUGAUGUCGAUAAUAGCCUAAACCAGACUGAGACUAUUGGCAAUACUUUGCCUUCAUGUGGUGCUAUAGUUCUUGAAGUUAAAAGGAAGGGAGAAGAAGAAAAGCAAAGAUGGAACCGUCUCCAGGCAUUUGAUUCAUGGGUAUGGAAUUUCUUCUACCACGGGCUUUAUGCUGUAAAGCAUGGCAGAAGGUCUUAUCUUGAUUCACUUGCUAGAUGUGGACGUUGUCACGAUUUGUAUUGGAGGGAUGAGAAACAUUGUAAGGUUUGCCAUAUUACCUUUGAGCUUGAUAUCACCCUGGAGGAAAGAUAUACCAUUCAUAAAGCAACUUGUCGAGAGAAAGAGGAUGAUGAUGUAUUUCCAAAUUAUAAGGUUUUAUCAUCACGGUUCCAAUCAUUGAAAGCUGCAGUUCAUGCAAUCGAGUCAGUAAUGCCUGAGGGUGCCAUGGUUGGUGCUUGGACUAAAUCUGCUCAUAAGUUGUGGACCAAACGGCUCAGGCGUACUUCCUCUUUGGCAGAACUUGUGCAGGUUGUUGCUGAUUUUGUUGGUGCCAUCAAUGAGGAUUGGUUCUGUAAUUUUGCAGAAGGUUCUUCUGUCCGUAUUCGAGAUACUUUAGCAUCUUUUGCACCCUUACCCCAAACAAUAUCUGCUCUUGCGCUCUGGUUGGUUAAAUUUGAUGCCUUAAUUGCUUUAUGUGUUGAAGGAUCUGAAAAGCAACUACAAGCCACUUGCAGAGGUAAAAAAGGUACAGCCCAGAGAUAGAUAAUCAGAAUACUCUCACCAACCCAACCCCCUAAUUGAAGAAUUUUGUACAGGUUACCUGAAAAACCAUAUGUGAGCACCGGCUAUCACUUUCAGUGUAACCCGGAUUCACACGGAAAGGAAGACAAUGUUUGAUAUAAUAUAAUCUGCACACUGGAUGGUGCAUCUUCCUCGUUAACUUCUGGUGCAUAUGGGGCAUCAUCUAAGACAGAUUUUUGCUGGAGCUGUCUUGAACAUUCAUUGUUAGAUAAGUUUUUGAUGCAUUGAAGUUUGAGCAUUGCCUUGGCCCCAAUGAGAGAAAGUUAAUUAUGUUUGUAAUGUCAGUGUUUUGUGGGCAUGAUUCUAUGUAAUACACACCUACCUCUGGUAAUGAAAUGGAGGUAAAAAAUUUUGAUCUUCAAAUAAUAAGAUGUCAACGUGCUUCCUCCA